AUGCCCGACAUUCUCGACUGUCCAGAGAUGGCAUUCUGGCCGGAAUCCAUGCACCUCUCAAGCCACAAUAACUGGUCCGAGUGGAAACGGAGAAUCCGACUCGUAUGCGACACGCGCGAUCUCCUCGGUCACCUGGACGGCUCGACCCCCAUGCCCCAGCACCGGGGCGCGGCGGCUUCCGAACACACCGAGGCCCUAGUGGAGACGUGGAAGCGCAACGACAGAUGGCUCCGCUUCUUGCUCGCCUGGAACAUGACAAAGCGGGGGAGCGCGGAUAUCCAGACGGAAGGGCGUCCCGCGGCAGACAUCUGGUCCCAGCUGUUGGUGAAAUACGAUCACGGAUACUACUAG